UUUCAUAUUUCAAGCUGUUCGUGGUAGAAUGUCCAAGAUGAACUCCUUGGUCUCUUUGGUGGUUCUCUCUCUCGCUCUGUGUGUCGUUGCUGGCUCGAAACUAAAAUGUAGUCCUUACGGCCUCGCACUUGGUUGUCAUCCGGUAGGUCUAGCCCGUUACACGUUAAUAUGGAUUCCAUACAGAGCUAAGUACAAUCGCUUAUCUAUACAUAAAUCAUUUUUGACACAAACACUAAAACUGCAACGGUCUUCUAUGCCAGCAGCCUCUAUUAAGUCAUGUAAAUUUAUCAUCCACACGUUGAAAAAUGUAACUCUAAUCAAAUUUUUUUGUAAAUCAUAUGAAGAAAAGGGCAGAAGAAAUCGGAAUAAAUCUGUUUCAAUGUAUUUAAUGGGAAGAUCAUUUCAUCAGUUUUUAGUGAAAAUUUUUGUUUGAACCUUUUUUUUUCAAAAUCACCGGUGACGAAUUGAUUUUUUGCUAAUCUUACGUAAAUAUCGAUACAGCAAAAGACACCCAAGGGGCGAGUAUAAGUCAGGGUACUUUCCUACUCGAAAAAACAGCAUGAGUUUAAUAAAAAUAACGCGAAUGUUCUGAAUACAUCGUUCUAAUCACUACUAAAUAAGAAAUACUCUUAAAUGCUCUUAUCUUUACCGAGGUACUGCAUCCCGAGGAUCUGCAUCCUCACUAAGCUUCUACGUAUAGAAAUCUACACCUGCAUUGCGGUCUUUGCGAGAUCAUGAAUUACGUAAAGGAAACAUAUCAUGAAAUAUUCAUGGUCGUCAUCUUAAGAUGAAGUUAAUUUGUAUACUAAAUUUUACCUUUAUUAUUCUUGUUAAAUACGGUAAUCUAAAUGUCUAGUUUUGUCUAAAGCUCAGAAGCACAUGUGAUUUCAAGAUUCAUAAUCAGUUUUAGCGAUCUCCAGGAAACCUCAAUUCUGUGGAGAUGUUCGAGACCAGAAAUAAAUUCAACGAUUCAUCAUGAGAACUGUAUGGUGUUACUCUUGCCUUGCAUGGGAUGAGAAUAUGUUGUCAUAACAACGGCCUAACUUACACCUUUCAGUAUUGUCUAAUUGUAUGAUCGCUUUUAAUUUCUUCUCCAGAACUAAUCUUUCAUCUGUUUAUUAUCAUUAAGCAGAACGGUGGCCGCUCAUUAGAUCGUAAUGAGUUCCGAGGACAUCUGGAUGUAUUACCAGGUUCACCUCAUGUGGGAGACUCAGAGGAAAGCACCGCCAAACGAACAGGAAUGGACGCUGAAAAAUCAAAAAACCGAUUGGAGGAGAUGAAAGCUUACUUGGACAGCUUAUAUCAGUAAACCGGAGAGCAUAACAGGACAUUUUAAU